AUGGGCAUGUUGUACGCCAACUCCUCUCUGGUCUUCAUCUCUCACAGACCUCUCAACUACACCGUCCCUGAGAAGACGGUGUACGAGAAUUGCAAAGACAUGCCCGCCGUCCUCAUCUGGUAUCUCGCCCUGCAGUUCACCAACAUGUUCCUGGGCAUCCCGGCCAACCUCAUGGUGCUGUGGCUCAUCCACAAAAACAAGGGCGACUCCUCCACCUCAGACAUCUUCAUCCUUCAUCUGGCCGUUUUAGAUGUGCUCUUCUGUCUCAUCCCUCCCCUGGAGUUGGCCAACAUAGUCUUCCUGACCACCAGCAGCACCUGGUACGUCCUGCGCUUCUUCUACGGCAUGAAAGACUCCUCGCCACUCUUCCUCUCCUGCAUCUGCCUGGACCGCUACAUGGCCGUGGUUCACCCCAUCACCUUCACCGAGCUCAAGGACCGCCAGCACAGGGCGGUCCUGGCCAUUGUGGUUUGGGUGAUCACUCUGGCCUACGCUGCUGCUAAAUGCGUGGGCAACAUUUACAACUUCGAGAAGGUCUUCACGGCGAUGAUCCUGGCAGCGUUCGCCUUCAUGGUGUUCUGCAACAUCAUGAUUCUCUGGGCGCUGAGGCAGUCGGGGCCCGGCAGGGACGAGAUGCACCCCGUGAAGAAGAGAGCCUUCAAGAUGGUCCUCAUUAUCCUGGCCAUCAUCGUGUUCAACUACUUCCCGCCUGUUGCACUGUUCCCCUUCCAAGAAUACUUCUCUCCCGAUGUGUUUCGCUGCUAUAUUCACUACCUCGCCUUUGGCUUGAUGGACUUCAGCAGCACCAUUCAGCCGAUGCUCUAUCUGUCCAAGGAGAAGCUGUCAUGGAGCCUCUGCUGCUGCCAGACCAGCGUUUCACCAAACCUGUAGGGGUGCAUGCAUGUUGAAUUAUUUUUAUUUAUUCCCUGCAAGAGCUGCUUUAAAGAAUGUACUGUUGUUGUAAAAUAUAAGAGAAUAAGCUGUUAUUGUUUUGCUUGAUUGAAUGUU